GUUGGAGGUAACCUCGUAGCAGCAUACAAGAAUCAAAAAGAAAGAAGGAAGCUUAACUCGUUGACGUUGUUAUUGAUGAUGAAGAUAAUAUCUCUUCACUUGUCCACUCCGUCCUUACCUCUUCUCUCAUCUAAUUCCAAUUUAAGGUUUUUCAAGAACCCCAAUCAUCCAACUCGUGUCAACUUCACCUCAAAAUCCCAAUCUGUUUCUCUCCGCCGUAUCAAUUUCUUCAAUACCAAAGAAACAGAUUCAAACCGUCGGAGUCUGAGAUGCUAUGGAAUCAAAGAUUCUGGUGAAACAACGAAGCCUGCCCCGCCUUUAGACUCCGGCGGAGGAAACGGCGAAGGAGGCGACGGCGGAGGUAACGGCGAUGAAGACAGUGAAGUGGAGGGGAAAAACAGACUGUUGCCGGAAUGGCUGGAUUUCACGUCGGACGAUGCCAAGACUGUGUUCUUGGCUAUUACUGUAUCGUUGGCUUUUCGAUAUUUUAUUGCAGAACCAAGAUACAUUCCUUCCUUGUCCAUGUAUCCUACCUUUGACGUCGGAGACAGAUUAGUUGCAGAGAAGGUGAGUUAUUAUUUCAGGAAGCCUUGUGCAAACGAUAUUGUUAUCUUCAAAAGUCCACCCGUUCUUCAGGAAGUUGGGUACACUGAUGCGGAUGUGUUCAUUAAACGGAUUGUUGCCAAAGAAGGCGACCUUGUGGAGGUUCAUAACGGGAAACUGAUGGUUAACGGUGUUCCUCGGAAUGAAAGUUUCAUCUUAGAGCCUCCUGGUUAUGAGAUGACACCAGUUCGGGUACCAGAGAACUCAGUCUUUGUGAUGGGUGACAACCGAAAUAACAGUUACGAUUCUCACGUGUGGGGACCUCUGCCUUUGAAGAAUAUUAUAGGACGGUCAGUUUUUCGGUAUUGGCCACCAAACAGAGUAAGCGGGACGGUGCUCGAAGGUGGCUGUGCUGUAGACAUUCAGCAAUAGAGCAUAUUGGAAUUGUUUUUUGUUUUCUUUAGGCAUCUCUUUCUUUUAAACACUUGUGGUGCACAUAAAAACGAAAAUCAUGUACCUUUCUAUGAAGGAUAGAAGAUUUGCACAUUUGAAAUUAGAUUGCAGAUUAAAAACACAAAAAACAAAAAACAAUGAAAUAAGAGAUUAUUAUUUGCAA